GCAGAUUCAGAUACAAUGGUUGUUUCCAGAAUGCCUAGUACUGUCAGCCACUGAAUACAGCCGAUAACAGCGCACGAUAUUUCGAAGCUAGUAUCUAGAAACUAAGGCCGAUCCCAUCUCAACAAUGAUUCCCAUCGUGGACUUUUCUUCAUGGAACAAACCGCAGGGUGAGUCCGACAAGUUACAUGUGGCGAAUGAACUUGUGGAAGCUUGCCAAACUGUUGGUUUUGUCUACAUCAUCAACCACGCCCUACCUGAGUCAGUCAUCGAUGCCGCUUUUGACUGGUCCAAGCGUUUGUUCCAACUUCCGAGGGAAGAGAAGUUGAAAGCUCCACAUCCAGAAGGCUGGGCGGUCCAUCGAGGAUACUCAUGGCCGGGAUUGGAGAAGGUUUCCCAAGUGAUGAGCACUGUGGAUGAUGAGCAAGCGCGAAGGAAGUUGAGAGAGGUGCCUGAUGUCAAGGAAAUCUACGAUAUCGGGAGCGAGCAUAAUACCGUCCAACCUAAUCAAUGGAUCCCAAAUGAAUGCCUCCCGGGAUUCCGCAAUUCUAUGACCAAGUUCUAUUGGGAAUGCCAGCGGGUAGGGGAUGAGAUCCUGCGUGCACUCGCUGUUGGAUUGAACUUGGAGAAUGAAUCAUACCUGGUAGAGAAGCAUUCAGGGCAUAACAACCAGCUGCGACUACUCCACUAUCUCCCAGUACCAGCCGCAGACUUAGAGCAAGAACGAACAGCCCGCUGCCCGGCUCAUACUGACUGGAGUUCCAUGACAAUGCUUUUCCAAGACGACUGCGGCGGCCUCGAAGUCGAAGACGUUUCCCAGCCAGGCACGUUUAUCCCCGUGGCCCCUAUCAAAAACGCUAUCGUAAUGAACAUUGGGGAUUUACUCCAGAGGUGGAGCAACGACCGGCUGAGAUCAACUAACCAUCGAGUCCAAGCACCUCCUCUUGCUGAUCGAUUCUCGGGCCCGUUUCGGAUGACUCGUGAGCGGUUGUCGAUUCCGUAUUUCAUGUCUCCCGACCCUGAAUCUGUUAUCGAAUGCAUACCUUCCUGCAUGGAUGAGAAAGAGGGGGCUAAAUACAAACCAAUCACGCAGGCUGAGUACAACAAAAUGCGGGCAUCUAUGAUGUACUAGACCGAUCGGGGCAAAUAAAGCCUGAUUGCAACUAUGGUGGUGUAUGGUUCUGGUUUCUUCUGAAACGGGCGCAUACUCCGCCAAAACCCAUGUAGUAGGGCUUAAGGCGAAGCAGACACCGGUAAAAAUAUAUUAUAACAUCUCUUGAAGAAAGCAGAUUUUACACAUACAUCUGAACCUUCUUGGUACAGGGAUAGUAUGGGGAGAUGCUUGGCCAAGCCCUAAGCCCUAUCCGCAUGUCCGUAUACGGCAAUCCGCAGGUCAGC